AUGGCUCUUUCCGUUGAUGAAAAGUACGAGUUAAUUACUCGAAAUUUACAAGAGGUUCUUGGUGGAGAUGCUAUCCGCGAAAUUUUGAAGGAACGCGAUCUUGAACUAUAUUUCGGUACUGCUCCCACUGGUCGUCCUCAUUGUGGUUAUUUCGUACCUUUGAUGAAGCUUGCCGACUUUUUACAGGCUGGUGUUCAUGUAAAAGUGCUUUUGGCUGAUGUUCAUGCAUUUUUGGAUAAUAUGAAAGCACCAAUGGAGCUUGUUCAACAUCGCGUGCGCUACUACGAGUUAGUGAUGAAGGCAAUCUUAAAGUCAUUGAAUGUUCCCAUUGAAAAAUUACAAUUUGUUGUUGGAUCUAGUUAUCAAUUGAAGGAAGACUAUGCUUUGGAUAACUUCCGUGCUUGUGCUGUUACUACAGAACACGACGCUAUGCGUGCGGGUGCUGAAGUCGUUAAGCAAGUGGCCAGUCCUUUACUUUCUAGUUUGAUGUACCCUGGUAUGCAAGCUCUUGAUGAACAAUACUUGAACGUUGAUGUUCAAUUUGGCGGUGUUGAUCAACGUAAAAUUUUUAUCUUGGCUGAAAAGCUUCUUCCUAUGGUGGGUUACAAGAAGCGCUCACAUCUUAUGAACCCUAUGGUGCCCAGUUUGGCAGGCGGUAAAAUGUCUGCUUCUGCAGGUGCUAAUGCUAAAAUUGACUUGUUGGACGAACCUAAUGUCGUAAAGAAAAAGAUUCGUAGUGCUUUUUGUGAGCCUGGCGUUGUGGAAGAAAAUGGCUGUCUUGCAUUUUUGAAGCAUGUUUCUUUUCCUGCUAUGAAGAUGCGCGGUGAAAAGGAAUUUGUCAUUGACCGUCCUGAAAAGUAUGGUGGAAAGAUUAUCUUUGCCAGUUAUGAGGACUUGGAGAAAGCCUAUGUAGCAAAUACCCUAGCUCCUCAAGAUUUGAAGGAUGGAUUACAAGCAUCCAUCAAUGCUUUGCUUGCCUCGGUUCAGGCUGAAUUGAAGUCCUAUCCCGAUAUGGAGGGAGUUGUAAAGUUGGCUUAUCCCGAUCCAAAGGACGCGAAGAAGGCUAAGAAAGACAAAAAGGACAAAAAGAAGAGUGCUAAGAAGGAUAAUACAGACAAACAACCUGAGGCCGAACAGACGCAGUCCCCUGCAGCCCCCGUCCUUGAGUCUUCACAAGAGAAGCCUGCUGACGAUGCAAAGCAAGCAUAA